CCUCCUUCCCACUCCAACUAAUAAAGGAUACCAAAACCAAAAAUUCCUCUCUCAUAAUUUCCUUCAUUCAUGGCUUUCCUUCAAUAUUAUCAGUUUCCAUUUCUUUUACUCUUCUUCUUCUUCUUCUCUUUCCCACUUUCUCAACCCAUGUCAAUUCAUGAUCUCCUCAAAUCCAAAGGCUUACCAGCUGGUCUACUCCCAAAAGAAGUAAAAUCUUACAAUUUUUCAUCAAAUGGCCUUCUUGAAGUUUUCUUAAAUGGCCCUUGUUUGACAAAAUUUGAUACUAUGGUCUUUUAUGAAAGUUAUGUUAAAGCUAAUUUAACUUAUGGUUGCCUUACUGGAGUUCAUGGCCUUUCACAAGAAGAGCUUUUUGUGUGGUUACCAGUUAAAGGAAUUAGUGUUGAUGAUCCAAAUUCUGGUCUUAUAAUUCUUGAUAUUGGCUUGGCUCAUAAACAACUUUCUCUUUCACUUUUUGAAGAUCCACCUCAUUGUAAACCAGAUGGAGUUCUGAAAAGGAACAUGGGAAGGAACAGAGAUUUGAAGCACAAAGAUAGAAGAGAUUCCUUUUAAAUAUUAUCUCGUGACUUACUAGUAGAUAACUUUAAGUAAUGAUAAUAUAUUACUUAGUAUAAUGUAGCUAAUUAUACAAAGUAAUUAGAUGGAGGGCUGUAGAGAUUUUGGGAAUACGAUCUCUUGCUGAUUAGAUAGAAAUAUGCUAAUUAAUCUUCUAAAUUUUUUAUCUUUUUCUUUGAUUGUUUGCUUGGAUCUUGAUAGAUCGAUAGAUUAGAUAAUUCCAAAGCAAACGAUCUCUUAUAAUUUAUAUUUUAAUUCUCUUAGUAAAAAUUCUGGCUCGUAACUCCCUAUCUAUAUCAAGUUAUCAACAAUAUUCCAUAUUAUCGUUCA